AUGCAACAAGUUUCACCAGCUAUUCUUCAAGCUCGUUAUCCUCCACCUUAUCACCAAUAUCCAACGCUUUCAGUUGGAAGUCCUCAAUCCAUCAAAUCAAUCGACACCACAGUAUUCGGACCAAGUGUUCCGCCGCUGAAAAAUGCCAAACUAGCGCCGCACAAUGCCAUGAAUCAUAAUCAUAACAACAAUAAUAAUACCAAUAGUAAUAAUAAUAACAAUGGACACACUACGAUGAAUAAUGGGCAAUCCAUUCCUGAAGUCGACCCACGUCGUUUGAUUCUCUUCAAUUUACCUGCUGAUCUCGUUCAAGAAUAUCUUGAGCUAUAUCUCGAGCAUUUGUCUGGCGAAUCAGAAAUCGAACGGAUUGAUUAUUCCAAUCUCGAAGAUACAACAGUUAUGGUCACAUUCAAAACUGAACUUGAUAUGAAUGAAGUUCGUCGUCGUCAUGGUACACGGUCGAAGUUGAAUAAUUCUGAAAUAGCUCUAGCAGAAGUCAUUGCACCAGCCACAGUCAUGAUACGAAAUUUACCGGCAGAUAUAUCUCGUGAUGUCCUUGAAUUAUACUUUUCCAAUCGGCGUCGUAGCGAUGGCGGACAAGUUGUUGAUGUGACACUUGAUAAAGAGCAUCAACAUGCACUCGUUACAUUCGCUGACUACAGAGAUGUUCGUCGAGUCAUCAAACGUGAACAUUUGAUACAUAACCAUCGUCUUGAUGUACGCAUCUUUUACGCUCACAUGGGCGUGGAACCAUUUAUCGAUGCCUCCAAUGUGGGGAAAAAGCCUGAUCCGAUCUGCUAUCGAGGAUCUGAUGAUAGUCGAUAUGCAUUUUUGCUAAAAAAUCGUCCGUUACUCGAUGAACUUCGCGAUCAACUGAAAACCAUCAAUGGUCAUAUUAAUCUACAAAACGAAGGCGUUAUAGAGAUCAAUUUUACGGAAUCACGUCUAACGGUCAAACGUCGAUUGAAAUGGGCGAAAGAUAUUGAAAAGUUAGUCGAGCACUUCCUUACCGAACGUCUCGUUGUUCACAAAGUUCCAUGGAAUAAUAAUAAAAUUCCUCAGAUCACCUCCGAACAACUAGCCGAACUUUCGUUGAAAGAUAACACGCGUUUAAUGCAAUUAGCACCAUCAGAUACCCAACAGGAUCACAUCAUCGUCACUGCGUUGAAAGAGCAUCUAGAUCGAGCAUUGAGUGAAUUAACCGACAUGUUAACAACACGUACAACAACAAAUAAAAANUUGUUGCGACACGGUUCAUCUAUCUUCAUUUACUUAGAAAAAGGCCCGUUCUUUUAUCAUCAUCAUCAUCAUUAUCAUCAUCAUUUAACAGCAAGGAAAAGAGGCGAAGAGAGGACAAACGCUUUGAAAAGUUUUCAUCCAUUUAACCCACUAAUCAUGCAACAAGUUUCACCAGCUAUUCUUCAAGCUCGUUAUCCUCCACCUUAUCAUCAAUAUCCAACGCUUUCAGUUGGAAGUCCUCAAUCCAUCAAAUCAAUCGACACAACAGUAUUCGGACCAAGUGUUCCGCCACUGAAAAAUGCCAAACUAGCAUCGCACAAUGCCAUGAAUCAUAAUCAUAACAACAAUAAUAAUACCAAUAGUAAUAAUAAUAACAAUGGACAUACUACAAUGAAUAAUGGUCAAUCCAUUCCUGAAGUUGACCCACGUCGUUUGAUUCUCUUCAAUUUACCUGCUGAUCUCGUUCAAGAAUAUCUUGAGCUAUAUCUCGAACAUCUGUCUGGCGAAUCGGAAAUCGAACGGAUUGAUUAUUCCAAUCUCGAAGAUACAACAGUUAUGGUCACAUUCAAAACUGAACUUGAUAUGAAUGAAGUUCGUCGUCGUCAUGGUACACGCUCGAAGUUGAAUAAUUCUGAAAUAGCUCUAGCAGAAGUCAUUGCACCAGCCACAGUCAUGAUACGAAAUUUACCGGCAGAUAUAUCUCGUGAUGUCCUUGAAUUAUAUUUUUCCAAUCGACGUCGUAGCGAUGGCGGACAAGUUGUUGAUGUGACACUUGAUAAAGAGCAUCAACAUGCACUCGUUACGUUCGCUGACUACAGAGAUGUUCGUCGUGUCAUCAAACGUGAACAUUUAAUACAUAACCAUCGUCUUGAUGUACGCAUCUUCUACGCUCACAUGGGCGUGGAACCGUUUAUUGAUGCCUCCAAUGUAGGAAAAAAGCCUGAUCCGAUCUGCUAUCGAGGAUCUGAUGAUAGUCGAUACGCAUUUUUGCUGAAAAAUCGUCCGUUACUCGAUGAACUUCGCGAUCAACUGAAAACCAUCAAUGGUCAUAUCAACCUACAAAACGAAGGCGUCAUAGAGAUCAAUUUUACGGAAUCACGUCUAACGGUCAAACGUCGGUUGAAAUGGGCGAAAGACAUUGAAAAGUUAGUCGAGCACUUCCUCACCGAACGCCUCGUUGUUCACAAAGUUCCAUGGAAUAAUAAUAAAAUUCCUCAGAUCACCUCCGAACAACUAGCCGAACUUUCGUUGAAAGAUAACACGCGUUUAAUGCAAUUAGCACCAUCAGAUACCCAACAGGAUCACAUCAUCGUCACUGCGUUGAAAGAGCAUCUAGAUCGAGCAUUGAGUGAAUUAACCGACAUGUUAACAACACGUACAACAACAAAUAAAAAUCAUAUUCCACUAACCGACGCUGUCUACCGAAGUAAACCAGUCAGUGCAACGCGUGAUCCGAAAGUGAACAAUCAUCGUUCAUCGUUAUUGAUUCGAACCAAUUCCCCAACCAAAGGAAGUUACAAUAACAUUGAACUACCCCCGCCACCUGCACAUGUUCCACCAUCCGUGGCAAUUAUUGAUGACAGUCUUGAGAAUUUACGUUUAUUUCAAAUCGAUCUUCUUGCAAUGCGCUUCAUUGACUUAGCUCGGCGUACCUAUACGAAUUUAACAGUUGAUAUUGAUCGAAAUGAUCGACGUGUUGUUUUACGUGGUCCGCUCGAUCAAGUAAAUGUUUGUAAAACAUAUUUCGAAUCCAUACUCAAUGGAAUUGUUCAUAAACAUUAUAGAAUAGGAAAAGAAAUGGCAGUUUUCCUAUCAAAUCCCGAUACAGUGGAAAUCGUUAUUGAUAAUUUAACACGUGCUGAUUUCGUUUGUGCCUAUGAAAUCGAACGUGUCACCGAUCAUCAUCGACGAAGUUCAGCUUCGCCAACGCCAACGAUGAAUGGUCACGGGCAAACAACAAAUAAUAAUCAUCUUAAACUUGUCCUAUAUGGUCUAUCACGCGAAGGUUGUGAUCGUGCUUACGACUUUCUUCGUCAUGAUAUCCGCGUUAGUUCGAUUAUGUUAGAUAAAGAUGAUAAACGUUGCUUAGCGAGUGACUCUUGGCAUGCAUAUGUACGCGAUCUUUACGCUAAUCCUAAUGGUUUUCGUCGUCGACGUGUUUUAUUACAAGUCAAGCAAAAUCAAUUAACAUUCGUUGGCUUUGAACAAGACGUCGACGCGAUGCGAAAACAAAUUUAUGAUUAUUUUGUGGAAAAUGCGAUCUCAUUCUAUGAAUCAGACUGA